AUGUAGCAAGAAGAAGAACAAUAUUCAUGUCUUGAAGAAUUCUUUAUUGACAGUUGCAGAUUUGGGUAAGAUGAUAUUCAUUUUUAGAGAUUAUGAAGAUGCGAUUGGAUGCUUUGAAGACAAUGUUGAUUUGUUUUGGAUCGACAUUAAUUAAAAUAAUUGCAUUCGUAUUUUUGUUGAAAUUACAUUUUAGAUAUGGUAUCAGCAAAUGGUCAUUUGUCAAUUCUUGAAUAAAUUAUCUCUUAUUCUCAAAAAAAAAAUAUUGAUUUGCAAAAAUUAAUUAACCAUCAAAAUUAAUAUGGAUGUACUCCUCUACGUAAUAUAUAUAUUUAUAUUAAAUCAGAUUGGGCUGUGUUAAAUAACUAAUUAGCUAUUAUAACAGUACUAUUAUAAAAUGGAGCAGAUGUUACCAUAAAAAACCUAAAUGGAUUAACAUGCAUAGACGAAGCUUUUUAGCUUGAUAAAGCAGAAGUUAUAGUAAUAUAUUAUUUGUUAUUCUAAAGGAGUUAUUAUCAAAAAAUAUCUCUUUAACAGAAGAUCAGCAGUAGAGUUUCUAGGAAGCACCAGAUGUUACAGAAAAGGAUGAAGAAGAUUAAGUUGAAUGAGUU